GCCAAUUUAACAAUAUACAGUGGUAAAUAUCUCCACAUGUUCAUGGUCAGCCUAUAUCUUAGUAAUCUUACUAAGUUCUAACAUCAAAAUUAAUACUUUGGUUGGAACGUUCUGGUUAUCAAAUACUUUAAGUAUGCUUCUUUGAAGAAACAUGUAAGUGUUCACACACACACACACCUUCGGGUAUUGCACAUUACAUUAAUGUAAUACAUACACAUCAAGCAUUCAAAUGCCUCCAGAAGCUUUGAGGAGAACCUCAUUUUCCCCAGCAAUGGCCAUCUCCUCAUUUGGAUUGUUGACGGUACCACCAAUAAUGAUAAAUGGAGACAUACUGGGCUUGGUGAAUUUAGCCACUUCUUUAGCAUUAUCAUCAGCCUAUAAAAAUAUAAUUUACAAUUUACUUCGCCAGAAAGGAACUUUGAUAGCCCAAAGAAAGUAUUGACGGGAACCUUUGACUUCAAAAUUGAGCAAAUGCUCCAUGACCCUUGUAAACUUGUUAAUUUAAGAAGAGUGCAACAAUUCUACUUCAUCAUUGGUGUCAGUCGCUAAGGAGUCACGUGAGAGCGCGCGCGAUCCGCGAGGUUUAUAGCGUACUUUCCUUCGAGGAGUAAGGUUCUUCAAAAAAAUUUUUUAUUGCGGAAAAUAGCGAAAAAUACUCUGAAACUGCUCAGACUGGCGAUAUUUCCGUUGCAGAAGAGACUGCUUUGCUGGGGGAAGAUGGUACUGGCGAUGAUGGCGAUGCUGGCUCACCAGAAAUAACGAUGCAAGGGCUCGCGAAAAUGAUGAACUCUAUGAACGAAAACAUGGCCGCCGUGGCAUCUUCUUUUGCUUUGUUGGGAUCUUCUCUGAAGAGAUCUCGUGAUGAAUCUAACAGCAGUAGUCGGACUAAAAAGAAACAAAAAACGAGUAACGAUCCAACUAUUGAUGACGACCAGCACACAGGCGAUGAAAGCGAUCAGUCCUCACACAGCGAUUCAGCACAACUCCGAGCAAUUAUGGCGCCAAAAGAUGAAACGACCACAUCGACGGUCGAGCCCUUGAAUUUGCUCAGUCAAAUUGCGAGUGACUUUGACGAGGAUGAAAAUACUUCAGGUGCCGUCACCAAGAAGCUUGCUGAGAUCGUAAAUAAACGUUUUUCGGCGCCUUUAGGUGAAGAGAAACUAAAAGAAAAACUGGGGCAGUACUUGCGUCCAGAUAACUGCGGUAAGCUCGCAGUACCAAAGGUUACUCCUGAAAUAUGGAUGAAAUUAAACCGCCCAGCUUCAAGACAAGACCUGAACAUGGCCAGCAUCCAAAGGGCCAUUGUAAAAGCUGGUACAGCUUUAACACAGUUAGCUGAAAUAUUGCUAACAACUCCCUCAGGCACAACUGGUCCUGAUUUAGGAAAGCUGUUGACUAUGAAUGCUGAUGCUGUGGCAUUGCUUGGUCACGCCACUCACUUGUUCACCACAGGGCCCAGUUACAGAGUUCCUGUUUGGUGA